AUGGGCAGAAAGACCCGACAGAAAACCGGGGCCUACACCACCUACCAAGCCACGAGGCUAGCGCAGGGACUCACUGCCCUGAGAGCACAGCAGGACGCCUACCUGCAGACUGGUUCAGCCCCACCUGACGACUACAGCAUGAGUCGAAAAUCCCAGAGACCCGCACAGAACACAGGCAGGACCACGCAGGACAUAGGCGACCUGCUGCAACGACCGAUGGCACCCAAGAUGGCGGCCUCAGACCGUACAACUGCCUUCCAAGAGGAAGGAGAGCAAUCUGGAGCUGAACAGGAACAGUCAGUUGCUCACCCAACGAGGGAGCCACAACCUAACAGGAAUAACCUCACACCUGCUAUCAAACAAGACAUAGCUGACCUGUUAAACAAAAUGAGACAAAUGUAUGCAGCAGAAAUGGACAUGUUAAGGACCGAAAUGCAGGCAGUAACUGCACGCACUCAAGCCACCGAAGAGGACGUCCUAGACCUGAAACAGGAGGUAAAGAGGCUAAAAGAACAAGUAAUAAUAAUGCAGACAUCCCAGUCCAAACUCACCAUGAGAGGACCUAGCAGAAGACCGCAAUAGGCGCACUAACUUAAAAUUAAGGGGGAUAGCGGAUAGCGUUGACUCCACAGAACUACCCCACUACCUCAGGCGCCUCACAGCCACGUUCCUACCGCACGCUCAAGUCAAAAAAUUUACACUAGACUGCUUCUUUAGGAUCAGAAAAGCAAGACAAGCCCCAGCCACAGCUCCAAAAGACGUCAUCAUUCAGUGCCACUCAGUGGCGGACAAAAUCAGCCUCCUCACAGCAGUUAGGGGAAAAGACACCGCUUGCAUUCGAGUUGUAACAGAGCUGGGGAAAGGCGUCCGAUCUUCCUGCUCAUCAGCAACUGAACAGUCCUGA